CUGCAGCAAUGGUGUUUUUCUUUUCUUUCUGCAAUUUUCAUAGGGGUUAACGCUUUGCAGAGUCUAUGGCCUUCAACUUUGGUGCUCAAAUCAAAUCCGACAAGAAAUGUUGCCCAACCGACCUUAUUUGGGGAUACGCCAUGUAAUGCAAAUUGUGACACGUGGUUUCUCUGGAUUGGCUUUUUUUUCAGUGAGACAUCCUUUACGAUGAACGUGUAACAAAACCAUAGCUUGUCAUGAAAAGACUCUGCUUUGGACGAGGACGCUUGUCCCCUUUACAUAAGAUGCGCCUGCUUUGCCCCAUACCAUGUAGCAUCUGCGCAAAGGAACAGAGAGAGAGAGAGAGAGAGAGAGAGAGAGAGAGAGAGAUUUUGUAAACCCUAAAGAUCAGAAAGAGAGAGAGAGAGAGAGAGAGAGAGAGAGAGAGAGAGAUGGAGGAUGUUAUACCAGAAUCUGAAAGCUUGUUGCUUCCAUUGAAUCUGAGCCCAAAAGGAGGUGGUGGAGCCAAAGCUGAAGAAGGCCAUCAGGAAGCUAAUGGAAGCGAAGGCAGGGAAACUGGAGGUGAAGACAGAGAAGUUGAAAAAGAGAAGGCAAGCAUGAACGGAGGAGAUGAAGGUAAAGAUGAAGAGAAAGGAGGUGGGCUUAUAACCCAUCUCAUGUCCAUAGUGUCACCAAAGAACACUCCAAAAGCAGGGGAAGUGGCCAAAAGAAAAGUUGAGUUUGAGGUUGAAGAUGAUAUAGGAAAUGGGGGCUUUUCUGAUAAGUCAAAGCCAGAGCAAGAUGUGGCCUCUGGUAGUGAAAAUAAUGGUGGAGGGGUUAUCUCAAAUCUCAUCUCCAACUUUUUUAAUCAGGGUGAUGGUGGUGGAAGAGGAGAGAAUGAUGAGGUGGACAAAGCAGAGAAAGUGAUGAAGGAUGUUGGAAAUAAGAGAAUGAAAAUGGUAGAGGAGGAGAAAGGAAAGGUGGAGGGUGGUGGUGGAGGAGGAGGAGGCAUCAUUGACAACUUUGUCUCUCACUUGCCUACAUCUCUUCCAGGUCAGCCCAAGCAUUUUACUUUGACAUUUUUAUCUCUUUUUUGGAAUAUUAUGGCUAAUUUUUAUGAGGUUUUGAAUGUAAAUUGACAAUAUUAUCACAUGAACUCUAUUCUAAUUACCAGAUGAUGCAGCUCCCUCGACUGACGAAGCCUCCAUUCUCAUUACCUCAAUAGUUCGAGACUAAGCAGAUGAUAUAAUGUGCCUGCCAACUCUGCAAGUGGCUGGCUUUUUUUUUUUUUUUUUUUUUUCCUUCUUCUUCUUCCUUGUGUGUUUUCACGUAAAUUGUUGUUUUUAGUUUUCAGUUUGUAUCAAAAGCUCUAUUGGUACUUCUGUUAAAAUCUCUAUCGGUUUCUUCAUUUUCACUUUGGCACAUGUCGUGGGCAAAGCCCAAGUAGCCCCAAUAGCAUCAUCAUGAAGUAAGCCCAAAAGUUGAGAUUUAACUACACUUGAUUCAAAUGGGCCCAAUCCAAACUCUGCAUUUUUUGGGUUAUUGACCCACAACAAAAAGUUUUUUAUUUUUUCUUUUGGUUUUUUUUUGUGCCGAGUUUGGUUUGAGAUUGGAUGAUGAAUUAUUUAUUGAGUGGCAGUGGGUGAGAUGUCAUGGAGUGCAGUUGAAGACCACAAAAACCAGAAGCUGUUGCAUGGCACAUGCUUCAGUCCCUCCACUACUAGCAGUGCCAAAAGGAUUAAGUGACCAAAGAAAGCUAUAUGGCCUUUUGGACCCUUUGGUUACACAUUUUACUCUCUUCUAAAUAUCUUCUUUUUAACUUUAUAGCGCCAACAGAGUUUAGACCAAUAAAAAAAAGUCUUAUAGACUAGUAAUUUUAUAUUUAAAUUCUUAUGACAUCUUGAUAUAGUGUGUGUAUACACGAGUGUGAGAAAUUCCCCUUAUCUUGUAAUUUAAACUAUCGCUUGUAAUUAUAUAAUAUAUAAAAAACCUUAUGUUACAUGGCAUUUAUUUACACAAAACUACCUACUUAUUAAUCUUACAGAUAACAUCACCGUUGGACCAAUUAAAAAGAAAAAAACAAGUGUAGAGGCACAAACUAGAUGGCAUUGAUAGAAAAUCCAACUAACCGUUUGACUAGGGACCCAUACACUACCUUCCUCCAAUACGAGAAAAAUGAGAAUCUUGGGAACCAAGGAUAUGUGGGGAAAGCAAAAAUCCAAAAGCAACUCUCCUACUCAUUGUCCCUUUCUUCCCAAUAAAGAUUUGUCAUUUCCGCCAUUAAAUUAUCAAAUUUAGUUACUGUUACAGUUCACUAUUCUUUGAUCAAAUGGGAUUUGCCCAAAUUAAGUUUCUUAGAAUCCCAUCCACAAAAUGUUUAAACGUAGCUUAGACUUUUACACCUACUUUCUCAAUUUGGGUAAAAUCCCAUCUGUUAUACAAAAUGGAACCAAUACGUAUUGCCAAUUUUAGGCCUAGAUCCUAUAUGGUUGAUCAGAUUGACAUUGGAAGCAAAGUUCAAUUGGGAUGAAACUAUAGGCCCUAGGUUUAAAAUGUGUAAUGGUCCAAUCAGAGUGCAACAAAGUUCUCUGUCUUGAUGAGUGUUUUUUAGUGCUAUGUCUAUAUGCGUUUUGUUGUUUUGCCAUGAUAUUAUUAGUAUUUUAGCCAGGGGAAGUUGGGACUAAACUGAAAAUUCCAACAUAUAAAAUGGAGAGCAGAAGGGGAAGGAAUAGGAGCCAUGUAAAGAUGAUGGGUUGGAGAACCUGGAUGUGCUUCAAGCGAUCCUUCCUCCUCCCAACUAAGUGCUUUCUUCUCAAGCUUACUUCACGGUCAAGAAACAAAGCCAAAGGAAAUGGGCAUGGAUUGGUGAAUCUGUACAAAGACAUGGAGUCUUGUGGUGAAUAUGAAGAUAUCAGAGUGAUGUGGGAGAUAAUUCACUCUUCUCCACAGAAAACAAACAGCAGUAAUUGUAGGAAGAGGUCUUCCUCUCAUUGGAGAUUCUGUCUUCAGCCUACUUGAAUUUUGUCGUUCUUUCUUAAGCAGUUAGCUUUAGUUUAAGAUCUCUCACAGCUUUGAUUAUGCAGGAUGUGAGAUACCAGUAUCUGAGUGAGCAUAGAUAAGUUGCUCUGGAUUUUUCAUUUUUAGCGUGUGUGGAGCACAAUUAUACUUUUUAGUUUAAGAACAUCAGAAUGAGAGUAUUUC